CGGCACGCCUCGGAACUCGGCUCGGCUCUCGCGCGCGCGGAACUUCAGCCGACGUCCGACCGAGAGACGGCGCCGCGUCAUCUGCCCGCUUCGGUGACGUCAUGGAGGUCCCGGUGGCGCUGACGGCGAUCAUGGCGAUGUCGCAGGUGUUCGGCGCGAGCGCGUCCUCGUCGCGCCGCCACGUCGGCAAGCUCGGACGCAAGUGGACGCACGCCAACAUCACGUACAGGUUGGAGUCGUUCCCCGACACGCUGAGCGUGAACGCCACUCGGGAGGCGCUCGGCGCGGCCUUCUCCAAGUGGAGCGACGUGUCGCCGCUCAGCUUCACCGAAGUCCGCCAGCGCGACGCCGACAUCACCAUCGGCUUCUACUCCUUAAACCACUCGGACUGCGGCCCAUCGCUUCUCCAUCCGUGUUUCGACGGGGUCAACGGCGAGCUGGCCCACGCCUUCCUGCCGCCGCGCGGCGAGAUCCACUUCGACAAGGACGAGCUGUGGAUCGUCGGGAGGUCCAGGUUCAGCUGGAGACGAGGCGCGUGGCUCAACGACCUGGUGCAGGCGGCGGCCCACGAGAUCGGCCACGCGCUGGGCCUGCGCCACUCGGCCGACCCGCGCGCCCUCAUGCACCCCAACGCCACCAGCACGGGCCAGAGGGACGUCGGGCGCGAUGACGUCCGGGCCAUACGGAGGCUCUACGGCUGCGUGGACAAGAAGCGGGCGUGCGAGCGCCGGGCGGGCUCGGGCCCGUGCGAGCGGCGCAAAGGCCCGAUGAAGAGGACCUGCCCGCGCCGCUGCCGCCCGUGCUCGGAGCCCCCGGAGGUCGUCGCCACGCCGACGCCGCCCGCCGGCAUCAGGGUGAAGGUGGUCCCGCGAGGGAAGGUGCUGGCCUUCCGCUGCAGCCCCAAGAAGCCAAAAGCAAGACGGCCACCCAAAGUCAGCUGGUACAAAGACGGCGAGCGCAUCGCGGCGUCCGUCCCGGGACACGUCGCGCUGAAAGGCGGCGACCUCCGCAUCCUGGCCAACGAGUUCAACGAGGGCGUCUACACCUGCCGCCUGGGCGGCCGCGGCCCCGCCGCCGACUCCUGGAGCGUCCGCCUCCGGGACCCGUGACGAGGACGACGAUUGAUGACGACGAGAGAAGCAACUCUUGGAGCUGUAGCGUAGCGCAGUAUUUGCCUGACUUUUAGGGCACAUUUCAGACUAGCUGGCUGACUUUUUAAGAAGGCUCAAUAUUUUGCGCGUCCGGAAGUGGUCUUGGAGAACUUGGAGGGCACAUCUGUUGAGGUCGCUUUGAAAUGGGGGUCUUUCUUCCCCUUUUUUUCUGGCUGGGGUGUUCAAAUAGUAGCCGGUUGAUUUUAGGACGCUCCGGCUCGAACCGCUGGAGCGUGCUUCAGUUGGACGCUGCCGCUUCAUUUCAACUCAAAGGUUUUUGCCCAGUGCGGGACCGCUCGUUAGCACGCAGGCUAUGCUAAGGCGGCGCCCUUUGAACUUGACACUUGGCCAGCUAACGUCAGCCGCUUGACGUCUUUUCCCGUCUCGGCGGGCGGCUGGCAAACAUUUGGUUGCCGUGGAAAAAUCUGCUGGCCGCCUGAGAAACUUUCAUUAGGAAUAACUGACAAGUACGCACCAAGAUCAACAACGCUGGUGAAUAAUAAUCGUCGAGGCGAUGGCCAGUGUUACCGUGGCGACAUGGCGGCUUUCUUUCUGUGUGCACUCACUACCCCCCCCCCAACCCCAUUCUGAGUUGAACAAAAGUCACAAAUCAAGACGAAAUGUCCAAUGUGUCAUCCGUGACGGGUGGCCCCCAAAGAGCACCCGAGGAGCCCGCGGGCCCCUUCCAAUCGUUGCUGAGCCCUCAGCCGCAUUGCGACUUCCGAGGAAUGUUGUCGACGCGACGCGAUCCUUUCCCGAUGGAAAGACUGGAUGACAUUUGUCAAAGCUUAAGUGCAGCUGUCAUGAUUGUGUGUGUGCGACCACCAGGUGGCACUGUAGGGCUCCCCUGGCAGCCGCACACCCGUUUGCCUUUAGUUAAUUAUGAGUUGUAGAAAAGGACUACCGCCCCCAACGCUCGGGGUCGGCUCAUAGUUGCCUCUCGCCACUGUCAUGUGUGUUGCUGUUUGCAACACACAUUGGUUUCUGGCAUGUUUAGUUCAUCGUUAUGUUUUAGAUUUAGUUUUCUUUGUUUUAAAUACAAUUCUUCAA